AGCGGUGGCUUCCCCCACGCUUCUUAGCGGCUAGCGUUGCUGGCGUUAGGGCACGCGGAGCUCAGGCCUGCGGCGCGGUUCGCAUCGGGCACCACGGAGUACAGUAAGCGCGGUGCCUGGGUGACCGCCAGAGAAAAUGCCGUUAUCACAACUCUAACAACCCCCCUCGACGGGCAGCGUUAUCAGGCAUACGCACACUACUAAAUUGCUUGGGCCAAAGGCUACCCUUCCACUAUGGGUGAAAGAGGAAACGAAUUUCCGCUUCGUCCACUGGAGGAGAAUGAAGUCCUCAUUUUACCACGGAACCAGCCACCAGCAGUUCAGCGUGGUUCUCAUGCGCACAUAAGUGAAAGGGGUGAGGAGCUCAAUGGAUUACCAGCAGUGAAGACAAAUCCCAAGGACUCCUACAAUCUGCUAUACUUGAUCCUGCUUGUGCAUGGCGUAGGCACGCUCAUGCCUUGGAAUAUGUUCAUCAAUGCCAAGUCUUAUUUCCAGAACUACAAAUUGGCACCAGGUGUGCUUGCAAAUGACUCGGCCGAAGCGAGUGAGCUUACGCUGUACAGGAAUGACUUUAUGAAUUACAUUACGUUGGCCUCCCAGGUGCCAAAUUUGCUGUGCAAUUUUCUGAACCUUUUUCUUCAAUUUGGAGACCGUAGCCUCACACCGAGGAUCGUCAUUAGUAUCCUUGUUGAAGCCGCAGUGUUUAUUGCAACUGUUGUAUUGGCCAUGGUGGAUUCCUCUACAUGGCCAAUCACGUUCUUCUACAUCACGAUGGCCCUUGUGGUCGUGCUGAACAUGGCCUGUGGUGUCUACCAGAACAGCAUUUAUGGCGUUGCUGCCCGACUUCCAGGCAAAUACUCAAAUGCUGUUGUGCUUGGUUCGAACAUCAGUGGUACGGCUACAUCUCUACUAAACAUUUUCACCAUAGCAGCAUCACCAAAUGCCCGCACAGCAGCAAUCUAUUACUUCCUGUCGGCUCUGUUGGUGCUGCUCCUGUGCCUUGACUCCUACUUCGCUUUGCCGCUGCUGCGCUGCUACAGGCAUCACCAGCGGCUAGCAUCCAUGGCUUCUGCACCAAGCAGCAGAACACCCCGCUCUCGCAGGCCUCCCUAUUGGCUCGUAUUCAAACAGGCGUGGCCGCAGUGCCUUAAUGUGUUCCUGAUCUUCUUUGUCACGCUAGCCGCAUUUCCGGCUGUCACAUCAGACAUCAAACGCAUUGACAAAGAAUUUCCUUUGGAUGACAAGUACUUCACUGCAACAGUCUGCUUUCUUGGCUUCAACCUGUUUGCCAUGCUUGGCAAUAUUCUUCCCAUCUGGGUUCGUUGGCCUGGACCACGAUUUCUGUGGGUGGCCGUCGUUGCACGGCUAGUGUUCCUGCCACUCUUCCUGCUGUGCAACUACCUGCCAGAGGCACGGGUGCUGCCGGUCUGGGUAUCCAGCGAUUGGGGAUUUGUGGCGGCCAUGAUAGUGUUUGCCUGGUCAAGUGGAUACCUGAGCAGCUUGGCCAUGAUGUACGCACCUCGGGCAGUGGCCAGUCCGGAGCAUGCGCCCAUCGCUGGCAUGAUGGCGGCGUUCUUCCUGGUGCUCGGACUUUUCGUAGGGGGAAAUGCGGCGUUCUUGGCGCCGCGUAUUGCCAAGGGAGUCUGGUUCUGAAAUUUCUCGUAACAUUACUUUUCACGAGGGGGUCAGGCUGAUGUGGCUGACAAAUUAAAUUAACGGGUGAAAAAGGGAAAACACGUGCAAGCCUUACACAUCAGGGCUCACGAUUUUGUACUCUUAGACGGUGCUUUCGUUGUAAAAUUUCAACGGUCAAAAUCAUUUUGGGUAGACAAGUGCUCAGGUGAGGAAGAGUUCGUCUUUACAGAUGAUUAUUUUAUUUCUAUAAGUGUCAAAAGCAAAGUCUGAGCUCACCUCUGUAAGACUUUAUCAGUGUUCAUGUGCAGUGCUUUGUAACUAGAUAGACAUAUUUCAGAUGCCAUUUUUUACAGGCACAAAUUAUAAACUUUUGUGGGAAAGGCUCUUGCAGCAGGUUUACAAGUGCUCACAUAGUAGCAGAAAGCUUGUUAUAGCUCCCACUGUUGGCAACACUGAGGAGCAAGAGCGUAGUUCACGAUUAUUACUGGAAAACGUGUCCUGUGCUUGACAUUUGUGCCACCAUGGUUCAUAUUUGCGACGUCAUGCUCGUGAUCUUGUACCACUAGCCACAUGCACAAGUUUUGUCAUGGCUAUGGAUUUUUCUGUGUGCUUGCAUCCAGUUAAUCCAUUGCAGUUGUUAUCAUUAAGACUAAAAGCAGAAACCAUGUAGGAAGCUACCGAACAGUGUGAAAGUGUAGGCACAGGUAGUAAGGGCAGAUUUUAUAAUUGAUUGCUUACUUAUUCUCAGUUGCCUUGAUGAGCAAGUUUUGUGCAGGUUUACUUGAAGUAAAAUCACUUUGGUGGACAUGCUUUCAUAGGGCGCGAGCCGUGCAGCAUUAUGUAGCUUAACCUCGGUUUUAGUUUUCUGGUUUUAGUUAUCAGCAGUAGCAGUCACCAGGGAAUAUACUGUUGCAUUGCUGCGAUGUAUUUUGUUAAAUCUUCUGUACAGCCUUCUGGUAAAUUCCACUGGUCGAAUUGGAGCACUUUUUCAUUGUCGCUCGUAAGAAAGCCAGCUGACUAAUUCAUUAGGUUGAAUACCUUGCUCACUAUCUUGCUUGCUCUAAAUUCAGCAUCAGGAAUUCUUUCAAAACAUGCGAAUAAAUAUCACCAACAAUGUGCACUAGUGAACAUAAUGUUUCUUUUUUUUUUUUAUUACAGCAGCUGCAUUUUUUGCUUGCACAUGUAAGCGUGAACUUCCAUUGUUCCUCUGCUCAUUAUACCAUCUCCUUAUGGCGUGUGUUAGAUUAAGUUACAUAUAUCAAAAGCACAGCAAUAUAGACUGCAAGUUUGUACCUUAACCAGAGGCUGUAGAAUUGCAGUGCUCGGAAGCACCGUAAAGUGGUUGAAGCUUUUCUUCACAACAAACAAAACAUGCCAUGUGGCUUACACAGCAAAAUGCAAGGAAUCAAAGUACAAAGUAAAAAUGCCGUUGGAUAUGAAUCUUGCCUUCAGGGUAGGGCUACGAGGUUAUACCUAAAAGCAGAUUUUCAUAUGAGUGUGUUUCACUCUGCUGUGGAGCUGCACUAGAAUAUGGACCUGUACAAAAAAGGCACUCACCAGUGAGUGAUUUCAGGAGCUCUGCCUUUUGUUGACAGAGAUGCCGAGUUUGUAAUUAUUAUGGUCAUGUUAGCUUUCUACUGUAAAGUUGCUGUUGCGAUUGGUGUGCGAGAGGCAGAACAGGAUAUUCAGAGGGGUGUUUUCUGUGAAAGAAAAUGCGGUACUUACUAACAACUUGACCAAUUGUCCUGUGUAAAGUUGCGACAACACGUCAGGCCAGAUUACUUUGUUCGCAAGUGUCAAUUCUGAGAGUUUCAUGUCUCAUGAAAGCAUUGCAAACAUGUUACAAGAAACCACUGAGCUGGUUUAAGAAGUCUCUUGUAUAAAAACUAGUUAGCUGCAGUUAGCACCUUUCUUUUCCCUCUUUCGUUUGCUUUCUUUCUGUCUGUCUUUUGUUCUUUGUGUACUGUACUGAACUGCACAUGGCUUUCAUUGACAAACAUUUUUCAUUGUCCUUCCAAUUGCAUAUUGCUACACCAUAGCUGAAUUUACUGAAGGACUGACAUAUAGACAGUCUGCCAGUCAUGUAUUCAGGCAGGCAUUUUAUUGGCAGAACUGAAAUGCACGAAAAUACUUUUUUUCUUUUCUGUUUUGUCUUAUACCUCUGGUGUUUGCAAUUGUGAGGAAUUAUUCUAUUAUGUACAUUCAGAAGAAGAUAUAUUUUUCCGUUUUUUCUUUCUUUUUGUAUGAUCCUAGGCUGUGUUCACUAAAGCCGGCCUUGAAAGCAUUUAUGCAUGCUCAGGGUAAAUUUGUUUCAUUAUUGGAUUUAUCUCAGGAGCAUGGGAAAAAACAACAGAUUUUUGAUUUUGUGUCUUCAAGCUCAUAUUUUUGCUUGUUCGGCUAAUGGAGCAAUCUUUUGGCCUGUUGAGAUGGCAUAUGGUUUGUAUGUCAGUGGGGCUAAAUUGAAUUACUUUUAAAACAUUUGCAUAGCAAGCUAUUCAAAAAAUUCAAUUCAGCAAUUUUAGCUAAUCAAAGUCUCAGCAUAUUACUGUUUAGCUGUUGCUCGGACUUUGAUUGUUCCAGCUGAUCAUCCAAAGAAGAGCUCUGUCAGAGCAUUCAGGAGAAGCACAACUCCUGAGUUGACUUACUUCAUUGCUCAUUGUAGUGUACUUGUCGGAGGCUUUUCCCCUUUACAACUUGUUGAGAUUCUUGAUGUCUUUGAUUUGUAAAAAAAUUAGCUCAUAUUCAUUUGUGGCUGUUGGGAUAUUUUUGUGGAUGUUUGAUGUGGUGUCAUCUUGUAUGCGUAUUUGCGCUGCCUCAAUCAGGUUGUUUUAUCUGAUACAUUUGGAGGCAGGUUUGGGUAUGUUUAUGGUGUCUCGUGUGUUUCAGAUGUGUUGCCGUCAGUUUUGAAAUGCAUAGGGUCGGUUUAAGUAAACAUUUAGUCACAUUACUGCGUCAGCAUUUCUUUUUUCUUUAACGUUCGUGAUCUCUUGAAGAUAUGUUGUAUGGGUAUGUGCAAGUGUAGUGUUUUUUUUAUAGCUCAAUUUUUUUAUGCAGGUUCCUCACUAAUAUAACUGUUUAUUUUUUCUGUGGGACACAUGAUUCACUUUUGUAUUACUAGUAUCAGAAAAUGUUUCUGGACUGCUAUCAUGCAGUGUACCAGAGCUGUACUGUGGAUCAAAUAUCUUUGAGUCAUGUCUCUGUUAGUCAGAUAUGAACUAAAUGAAUUGUCCAUGAGGACUGAGCAAUGUGUAUUAUCUGAUGUGUUCAGAGUAUUUAAGGCUGCCUGCUUUUCUAUGAUCUUUAGAUGUGUGCUUUAGGCAGCAGACAUUCGUAACGACGGAUUUGACUAGUCGGCACGGUCACUGCGAUGGUGAUUGCAGACAAUGCUACCUCACAACGGCAACUCAUCGUGUACUACUCUGCCCAUUGUGUUAAACUUGUGCAGCUUGAAUUGCGGCAUGAGCAUCUCAAGACUGUACCCCUAAGCAUUUCGUCUGUUGAACAACAUUGGAAAAGUGAAGUGGUGUCAGCAUGCAGUGGGGAGUGGUGCUAAAAGUAAGUACAACAGAUUCUGUGGUCGAUGGAAAACAGCUAGAAUACUAAAUUCGUGUUUGCUGGAGCUUGGUGUUAGUACUUAUGGGUGUAGGCGUGUACAGGGUUCCCCAUUUGGGGGAGGGGGGGGGGAGAGUUUGCGUAGCAGCGCUGCCCCCCAUUCCCCCCGCCAUUAGUCGAGUCGAGGAACAUGCACCACAAUGGACGAAAAGAACAAAUGCAAACGAAGCGAUGACUUGCUUCUAACAGCCGCCUGCCUUUAGUCUCUGGCUUUCGUGAAGUAAAGAUGGGAAGUAAACAGUUCUUGGAAUGCAACAAUGGGGGUCUUCGGCCUCCAUUAUCGUUGAAAACCUGCUCUUUAAGGAAUUAUGGGACAGGUCCUACUGAGUAAUCGUAUGGGGCAGACUUUGCACCCCUCACCCCCUCUGGGUGAUUGGGGGUGGGGCUGGGGGUAGCCGCCCCCCCUGCCCCCCUCGUGCGCAUACCUGUGCUUAUGGGUAGCAAUAGCAAAUUCCGGGAUUGCCCAGAUAGCAGUAUUUUCUCAUUUUAACCGCACCAUUGUUUCUUGGUAACUGCUCCUGUGAGACGACUGUGUAGACUCUUGUAAUAGCCACGCUUCCUUUUUGCCUCUUUGUAUGUUUUAUAAGAAUUGACAAGAGAAACAGGAGAUGCGGCAUUGACAAGCUGAAGAUUUUUAUACAAAAUUUAUGUUCUUUACACAAAUAAACUACCCGCAGCAGCAGGAAGAAGUGAUUUGGCUUAUAUAUUUUGUGGACAACGUGCUGAAAGUUCUGAGCAGCAUAGCACCAGCAAGUACAAAGCACAUUGAUGUGAAGCAAUGGUUGUUCCAUUUUGAAACUUCAGAACCUCAUUGGUUGCCUUCUUUCACAUCAAAAUGGCAGUACUCAACAGCUAAAAAUGCAGUCUCUAAAAGGAUAGGGCACAACAUGGUUAGAGUUAACAAAAAAUAUUUUAUUUAAUGUUGACAGUGUUGCAAUUGCAUAAGCAUGGCUAUUACUUGAGUUUAUGUCGCAUCUGCUGCUUGAACAUGUUGUCUUGGUCUGGUGAUCUUUGGGCGCAUGACAGGUAACCUUGUUAAAUAUAUAGGAAAUGAACCAUUGAGUUGGGAAAACUGAAAAGGAAGGAGUGAGUGUAACAUUUUAUAUUUGCUGUUUAAUUUUUGUGAAUGAACACUCGACUGACAUUACUGUGAGAAGCCUCUCUUAGAACCAAGCACCAAUUUAAACAUCUUUGAGAAGUCUUGACCAAUAAACUUUUGUAGAACCUGUUAUGGGAGAGUUUAACUAAAGAUCUAUAACAGACAGUUUGAUGUUUGAUGAAAACUCCAGUGAAAAUAAUACAUUGUUAAAUAAAACAAGCACUCUACUGAGGUUUGAAAUGUUGACCAUAUUUAUGAAAGGCAUCCACGCAUUAAAAAUAUAUAUAUUAAAAUCACACACAAGUAGCCACCUCGUGUUUUUUUAACACUUGAAUCCCUUUCGUGGCCACUAAUAUUCCUCAUAAGUAUAUGCUGCUUUUCGCGAGGCUGUAGCAAGGUGGGAGCCUUUGUUAAAACCUUUAAGGGAAGUACCAAUGUUAUAUGGUUGAAGCUUAAGAAACUUAAUCAAGGAUUUGAACUAAUGUGAUACAAUGUACAUCAAGUAAAAUUGUUAGCUUUGUAUAGCAGAAAGACAACUGUUGCACUAGCUCUUGCCAGUCAUUUGCCUAGAUGUGGUGGCCUUAAAUUGAUUGUUGUUGUGUCUAAGAUUUUUUCUUUGUGUAUGCGUGAUCUGUCUGCAGGUCAGCAGUGUAUUAAGAAGCUGUAGUUGAAUGUGUGGCAUUAAUGAAGAGAAUCUGGUGAGUAACAUUUUGUAGUGGAUGUUGUCAUGUUAUAAGCCGUUGUGGUCGUUUAAAGCAAGGAGAUUUCCAUAUCUGGUGACGUUCUAGGAUAGGCAAGGAUGACUUUGUGGAAUACAUGCCAUAAUGCUAAGAGGGCCUUCUGUGUGCAUGCUGUUAUUUAUUACGUGCACUGACAGUACCGGCUUCAAAUGGCCAAGCUAAAGUUGCAUAGUAGCAUUUACUUUUUUGUGUGUUCGAUAGUUGAGACGUGGAUCUGACAACUGCAUUUUCCUUUUUUUGGUGCAUUAAAAUCUUAUUGUAUGUUUGCCAGACAGAACUGCUUUUCACUGCUUCCACUUUGUGUUACACUAUAACCUCACUAUAACACUCACAUCUGACACGAAAAUAACUUUGUUAUAUCCAAAAAUUCGUUAUAAACAUGCAUUCAUGACACUCUCCAUGACAGGACAAUUUUUUAUUUACUUUGUUAUAACCAAUAAUUCGUCAUAUCAAUGUUCUUUAUAUCGAGGUUUGAGUGUACUUGGUUGCUUUGUUGUGCGCAUGACCCCAGCUUCCAGCUUUUAAAGAAAAGAUGUCUCUGUGUAUGGUGUAGUGAAAAAAUGGUGCAAAACGACAGAAACGAAAAGGACUAUUGCAUGCAGUCGAUUGUUUCAUUUGUUCAUCUUAGCAAAACUGUAUGUCAACCACAUGCAGCAAACCAUCUACAACUUGCUAGUUAUGCUGGGCCCUCAACCUUUUUGCUUUUUGUUGUGUCGUUGUGUACCCUAUUUUCACUGCACUGUACAUCCUAACGGAGUCUUGAUAAUGCUGUACGGCAUGUGACUGGGCCUUUUUACUGGUGACAACAUGGCAAGAUUGGUGAUAGCGGUGGAGGCAUAGCUGUUACAUUUUCCCAUAUAGAGGGGGGAGCUUAAGUAGCUGUGUAUCGGGGGGAGGAGGGAGAGACGGUGCAAUGAAAAUCAUUCUCGUCAUCGAACUUUGAAGUUUAUAUACAAGGGUCAUUCCAGUAGUAUACUACCUGUCUAGCUAUAAUUCAGUAAUUGGGUGUCUAUAAGCGUGCCAGCUUGACCAGUUAAGGGGGUUAGCACAUCUUGCCUCUUCCCCCCCACCCCCUUCGUAACUGAUGCCUCUGUAUGAAGGUGCAUCUUUGUGAAGCUCACUUCAUUGUGUGCCUUGUCUGCUACUCUGUUCACCUCUGUAUGACACACCUUCGACGAUUAUGUGCGUGGCCCUGUUUACAAAAAAAUUCUGUGAAGCAGAGCAUGUGCACCACUAAAAUGUCAUCUGUGAUGCACUUUUCAGUUUUCUUUCACAUGGCUGGACCCAUGCGCAUGCGAUGGAGUUUAUGAAAAAAAAAAUAAGAUAAAGGGAGGUAGUCAGCACACACGAGCUAUUGAUGUUAGCAAUGGGGCCCUCACACAUAACAAAGGCAGAGUGUACAUUAUUGAAGUGAACGUCAUAGGAGUUUGCACGAUACAUGCGCUUGCAUGUGCUAUCGCCAGUGUCGACGCUUGUUGCUUUUACUAGGUACCUACACGUGCGUAAUGUUAUUAAAUAUGUGGGAUGCUGUGCGUGUUCAAAAAUUAUGAAUGAGGUUUUUUUGAUGCAGGUGUGCAUUGCAGGCCACGUUGCAUAAACUUUUUUUUUCGCACUUUUAUGCCUGUUAAUUUGGUGUAUCUUGUGGUUAGCACUGCCACUUAAUUACAUGUUGGAUGUUGCUUUUGUAAAGGCUCUUGAAAACACUGUCACUUCAGCACGUGUCUUACGUGAGAUUGUAAAAAAAACGUUUCAAACCAUAGUGUUGCACUUAUUUUAUAAAUAAAACCCACUUGUGCACUGGGA